AUGGCGCUCUGGCACCCCACACCUACUGAUGUUACACCAGAGGCACUGGGCGACCCGCCGGAAUUCCUCGAACGCUCUGACGGUGAUUUUACCUAUCCCGAGCUGUUGCAACUGUCGGACGAGUGUACGCCUGCUGAGUUCCAUGAUGCUCUCGCCCGAAAGGUCCCCUUCAAUCUAAAGGAACUCGACUCUCGACUAGCUACUGAGCUCGUCCAAUGGCUCUACGAGCAUAUGGAUCUGGGGCUUACUGCCUUCGGCACGAACGGCGUACAUUUCAUGACACCGGGAAUGCCUGGAGUGGUACUCGGUGGCCCAGAGGCGCCAUGCAACUUCCCUACGUUGAGAGUCCGUCACUUGCAGAAAGUCCUCGACACGGAUCUGUUCGGGGUUGGCAUAACCCCGGGCGACUGCAAGCUUCGUGCCCUUAGCGUUCUGGUCGACUACUCAACGACCUACGGCAGCAAUAUCACUUGGGUGCGGACCAUCCCGUUCAAGGAGACACUCCCUUGCGCCGCGUUGGACACCUUGCUUGCACGUGUCGUCGCUCAGCCCAAGACCAGCAACUUCAAGCUCCAGAUCUUCGCCAUGGCGUGGUGCAUGAAGCGAGAUCAGAGUCAUACCUUGACCGAGCUGACAGCCAAAGUGCAUGACGUCUCUGCUGAUGCUGAGCUUCUUGUGCCUGAUAUGGAGGCGAAGUCGGUGUAUCUAGAAUACCUACUGAAUCAGCACCACUACUAUGACAGCUUCCGCCUGUUGAAUGCGUACGGUACUGAAGACUUGCCGCGGGCAGCGGGCUGGAGUGCGGGGCACUGGGAAGUCGGGCUGCAGCCGCGUUUUGAAACGUGGGACGAGUGGCACCGCAACCAACUCUCUGCGAACACUCAGUAG